AUGGGGCUCGCGCUUUACCUUUCGAUCCUGGCCUUGGGCGUGCUGAUGGCCAAGUCCAUCAUUCAAGCCAUCAGAUCGCCGCUCCGCUCGAUACCCGGCCCCCCGCUCGCCCGGUUCACGCGGUUAUGGUAUCUCAAAGAAGUCUGGACGGGAACAUUUCCGUGGACGAACAUUGACCUGCACCGAAAACACGGGCCUGUCGUCCGCAUCGCCCCGAACGAAUACUCCAUCGACGACCCCGAGGCGGUGAGGAUCAUCUACGGACACGGCACCGCCUUCACAAAAGGGCCGUGGUACACGGCCAGCGGCGUGCCGCACCAGGCCAACCUAUUCAACGACACCAACCCGAAGUCCCAUGCCGCCGAGAGGCGCAAGUUCGCGUCGCUGUACUCCAUGUCGGCGUUGGUUGGCAUGGAGGAGGCGGUCAACAGCUGCAUCGACUACUUCAAGGACAGGCUGACGGACUUCGCGCGCUCCGGGGAGACGUUCGACCUGCCCUGGUGGAUGCAGUGUUUCGCUUUCGACACGAUCGGGGAGAUGUCGCUAUCCAAACGUUUUGGCUUCCUCGACGCCGGCAAGGACCCUCUAAGCAUCAUGUCCGGCCUGGACGUCUUUCUGCUGUAUUGCGCCCGCGUCGGGGUGCUCCCCGAGACACACCCCAUCAUCUUCAAGAUCAUGUCUUUGUUCGGCGCGAAUCCUCUCGAAAAUGUCGGCGAGUUUGCCAGAGAGCAAGUGCAAGCCUACAAGCAAAACGUCGAGGGCGAGACGUUCCUGUCAAAGGCUCUGCGAAUCCACCACGAACAACCGGAGCGGCUUUCGCAGGAUGACAUACUGGGAAUUUGCCAGAUGAAUCUGUUUGCUGGAUCCGACACGUCGAGCAUCAGCCUCACAAGCAUUCUGUGGCACCUCCUGCAAAACCAAGAUGCGCUGGUCAAGCUGCGGGCCGAGGUUGACCAAACGUAUUCGCAAAACCACGUCAAGAACACCGUCACGUUCGCCGAAUCGCAAAACAUGCCCUACCUGCAGGCCGCCAUCAAAGAAGCCUUGAGGAUGCAUCCCGCCACAGGCCUUCCUCUCAGCAGAGUGGUGCCGAAAGGCGGAGCAACCAUAUCGGGGCACUUCUUCCCGGAAGGAACGAUCGUGGGCAUCAACUCAUGGGUCGCGCACAACAACAAACACGUCUUUGGCGACGACGUGGAUAAAUUCAGACCGGAGCGGUGGCUCGUCAGCAAAGAAGCCGAACAGAUUCUGGACAGGUACUGGUUGCCGUUUGGCCACGGAUCGAGGACUUGCAUCGGCAAGAACAUCGCGCUCAUGGAAAUCUCCAAGGUGAUUCCGCAUCUGCUCAGGCACUUUGACCUUGCGCUGGUGCGUCCGGAGCAGGCACCCACCCUUCACAAUGUCUGGUUCGUGAAGCAAACCAACAUCCGCGUCACGGUCAAGGUGCGGAAACUCGACCGCGUGUGA